AUGAAAGCGGCUAGGAAGUCGGUGCGGAGUGACGAGAACGGCUCUGCGAAGUCUUCUGGCCUCGUCGUGACCAACGGCGACCAUAUCAAUAACGACAAAGCCGGGGCAUCGUCGUAUCCUGUUUUGCCAGACGAUGGAAACCCCCAGAGCUACGAGUUUGGCGCCUGGAGGGCGGGAGGCAUUCGCUUUGCUCCGCUGCGCAUGCCUUUCCCUCGCCGACUACAAACGGCGGCUGUGUUUUAUCACUGCAUGACCAUCGUUGUCUUGAUAUCCAUGUUCUGGUUCACUUGCGCCAACCCGUUGACCUGGCCCAUCCUGGUGCCUUAUCUGGUGCAUCUGACCCUCUCCAACGCGGCCACAAACGGGAAGCUCAGCUAUCGAUCGGAGUACCUGAGGUCCAUGCCCUUGUGGAAGUUCUUUGCGGCGUACUUCCCUAUGAGGCUGCACAAAACGCACGAUCUUCCAGCGGACAGGCGGUACAUCUUUGGCUAUCAUCCACAUGGCAUCAUCUCGCACGGCGCCUGGAGCGCCUUUGGCACAAGUGCCCUUGGCUUCGACCAAAAGUUCCCCGGCAUCACCAAUACCCUGUUGACGCUCGAGUCCAACUUUCGACUCCCUUUCUAUCGCGACUAUAUCUUGGCAAUGGGCAUGGCCUCAGUGUCCAAAGACUCCAUACGGAACAUUUUGAUGCAGGGUGGUCCCAAGAAUGAUGGAAAAGGCCGCGCUGUUACCAUUGUCAUCGGCGGAGCGAGAGAAUCUCUGCAAGCUCAGCCGGGCACUUUACAGCUUAUCCUCCAGGGACGGAAGGGCUUCGUAAAGAUGGCUCUGCGCACGGGAGCUGAUCUGGUUCCUGUCCUCGCCUUUGGAGAAAACGACUUGUACGACCAACUGAGCCCGAAGACGCACCCGAUGGUCCACAAGUUCCAAAUGUUUUUCCUCAAGGUGUUCAAGUUCACGCUCCCCGCUCUUCAUGGUCGAGGAAUCCUCAAUUACGAUGUAGGUCUCAUGCCUUACCGCCGGCCCGUCAACAUUGUUGUCGGAAAGCCCAUUCGAAUCGACGCGGAGCCUUGCGAACAACCGCUACAAGAGGAUGUGGAUCGUUACCACGACUUGUACGUCGAGGAGAUUCAAAAGAUAUGGGAUGCCUACAAGGACCAAUUCGCCAAAGGUCGAACAUCUGACCUUGUUAUUUCAUCUUGA